GGAAGUUUGUACAAAAGGCUUUAAAACGACAGUAGAUUCUGUAUAUAUAUUCUUCUUUCUUUUGCUAUACUUUUUUUCCUUUGAGGUUAGCCUUAUCAGACAAAUUAUGUGACUUUUUAGACUUUCAGUUCUCUCAAAAAUAUCUUACUUAUUUUUUUUACUCACUAAAAGUUUUACAGAAUCUUGAAAUUAUAUUCCUUUUUGUAAGGAAAGAAACAUCCUAAUUUCAGUGUGUAAUCAGGAAAUGAGGUCACUGUGUUUAUGUUUGUUUUUUGUUUUUUUGUCUUGACCAACCACUGACUGAAUGAUCUUCAGUUAUGAAAGGGGAAACUGCUGGGAGUUUGCCAGGGAUAGGCAAAUGUGGGAGAUCAGAACUCACAGAUAACAUAGAUGGCGGCACCUACAGGAAGUGGUCAGUUGUAGACGAAUGCUAAUGUCACAGCUUGAGCUGAAGUUUACAUCCCCUCCAGUCUAGCGCACACACACUCAUACGCUCAGGGUUUUUCUCCAGUUCUCACUCAGUCUGUCGGCGCUUCACUCACUUCCACAUCAACAGAAACUCACACAGAGGGACUGAACAAACAGUCCACCACUUCAUCAAUCAACCAUUCAGGCUCAACAGAAGCUCUCCCAGAGAUGGCUCAAAAGACUGAUGUCAAGGCCAUCAUGGCUCGCUUUCAAGCGGGAGCGAGCUUUGACGAGACGUCCUCCACUUCAGCCGGAAACAGCAAACCGCCUCUGCAGUCCACCCCCUCCUCUGGUCCAGUCGGACUGAAGAAAUCGCUUUUCGAGACCCCCUCAAACGCUGGUUCUACCAAACCUGCUUUUCUAAGAAACACCGCACACAGUACAAAUGAUUCUGAUGCACAAGAGGCAAGCAGACCUAAAAUCACCCCCAGCAGGUUUUCCAACUCCCAGGAUGAGACCUCACCCACCACCAAGCCUUUAACUGGUUUCAAACACACGUUUGGGAAGCCACCCGAUUCAAAUUCUGCUGAAAUAAAGAGUCCUACACAGAAGACCCCCUUCUCCAAGACUCCCGUCUCCUCCGUUCUCUCUGAACCCAAACCCCUCUUUCCAAAACCCUCUGUCGUAGCUAACUCAAAGCCUAGCUGGGUGAAAGACGACAGCGUUGAGAGUACACCAAUGAACACAAACUCCACACCGCCCAAAUUAGCCGGAGUGGCGCCAAAACCCAUCAGCAGCAUUGGAAAAUUACGGCAGCAGCAUGAGGAAUCAACAGGUUCAAGCCCAGAAACUCCAAACAAACCCUCUCCAAGCAUGACUCCAAAGCCCGUCUCCAACUUCAAGACCGCCCAGAGCCUCUUCAACAAGGAGAAGGACGGAUCUGAGCAGACAGACACUGGGGCGGCUAGCAAAUCCCUUCUUACCGGCUCCAACUCCAGUCUCCAUCCAAGACCCCCCACAACAAAGAAGCCCGGCUUUAAGGGCUCAUUAAACAGCUCCCAGGUUAAUGGAGAUGCCCCCAAAAUCAACCCCCUCCCAAACUCUUUAGCUUUGGGCGCACCUCCUGCUAAACCAAACCGACCUCCCAAAGUCAACCUGGAGCCGUUUAGACAAGGUGCUAAGAGUUUUGAAGAAGUGUCUGAUAUUAAGAAGCUCCACAUCCCAACUCCUGUGCCAUCGCCACUCAGUAACCAUAGCAAGCCUGAGGCUCCACCUCCGCCUGCAUUGCCCACUCUGCCCAGUCUGCCCCCAAGACAUCCCGGAAACAUGAACCCACCAGAUGACACAUAUGACGAUGUUGAUUGUCCUCCGCCUCUGCCAUCAUCAGCAGCCCACCCAAGUCAGUACAAAAAGGAGAGUGACGAUGAGGAUGGAGAAAUGUAUGAAGAUCUGGAUCAACGAUGGGAUGAAAACAGUCAAGACAAGAAGAAGGAUGACAAGGAAGAAAAAAAGAAAUUGGAGGCGGAGAGGAAGGAGCAGAAGGAGCGCCAGAAGAAGGAACAAGAUGCCAGGAAGAAGUUCAAGCUUACGGGACCAAUAGAGGUCAUCCAUGAAGGAAACGCCCUGGAGAACUGCAAAGGCAGUAAGACCGACCUGGCCCUAAAGAAGGACCAGCACCUGGACAUUAUUCGUGUAAUGGGAAAUCCCGAGGGAAAAUGGUUGGGACGGACAUUGGAUGGGUCAAUUGGUUAUGUAAAGACCACCUCAGUUAAAAUAGACUUUGACGUACUGAAGAACAUACAGGCUCCAUCAGGGUUUGACCCGGAAGUCUAUGAUGACAUUGAUGUGGUUUCAUCCGACACUGGGGGGAACAAAAAAGCAGGAGUUGUCCUACCUCCACUACCAGGAGGAGAAGGAGGAGAAAUAUAUGAUGAUGUGGGCGAUCCAAACCUUGAUAUUAGUUCAAUUGAUCCCAAGGCUGCUGCCCUGAAGCUCCAAGGUUUUCUGCGGAUGUUUGACCGAAACAGACGAUUUUCCAGCACGAAAGUAGUGCCUCCACCCAGCCAGUUUUUGACAGAUGGGAAUUCAGAAAAACCAGGAGCAAUUGAUGAAGAGAUAUACGAUGACGUGGACUCUCAAAAUCCACCUGUACCGCCUCCCAUUAUGAGCCUUCCAGGUAUGAAAGGAAGAGGCAAAGUUGAAGACGUGGAUCCAAAGAAACAGAAAAAAUUUGAGAAAGAGGAGAAGGAGUUCAGGAAAAAGUUCAAAUAUGAGGGCGAGAUAAACGUGCUGUACCAGGUGAGUGUCGCGGCCACCCUUACAAACAAGAAGUGGGGCGGGAAAGAGUUGUCGCUGAAGCCCGGGGAGAAACUGGACGUCAUCGUCAAAGCAGUGGAUGACAAAAUGAUCUGUCGGAAUGAAGAUGGGAAAUUUGGUUACGUUUCAACCACUCACAUUAUGGAUGACGGAGAAAUAUAUGAUGAUAUUGGAGGAGAGGACUGCAUCUAUGACAACGACUGAGAGGCAUUCUGCUGCAGCACAUUUUUUUCAAAACGCUUCAGUCAUGUGUUAUUUAUUGUAAUUAAUAUGCGUACACUAGGAGUUACUGUAUAUCAGCCUGUUAGUCACAGUCAAUCAGUUACUGUUUUAAAAACUGGAUCAACCUGAGAUUGUAGACAGGCUAACAAAAGUCACUGGAACAUUAGAUUUAAGGUUUGUUUACAUAAAGAAAAGAACUAAAUUUCCUACAUGCAGCAUCUCGACAAAGAUGCUGCAUGUACAAAUACAGUAUUUGAGUAUUUCUUUCUUUUCUUUAUCUUUAAAGUUUGUUACAAUUGUAAUGAUUCAACCCACCAACAUUUUUUUCCUAUGUUCGAGUUUGUUAAAUUGUCUAAAUAACAGCAUACGAAAGAAUGGGUCAUUCAAAGGCUAAUUUUCUUUCCAUAUUUAGCAGGAAGAAGAUUUAAAAGAGGCUUUUGCUUUUGCAUUAUGGAACAUUUAUUAAAUAUCUGUCACUGUCUGUAUUUGUGAAUCCUUGUCAAGCUUAAAAACAUGCAAGACACAACCUGAGACAAAAGAAAAUAGGAAAGAUUAAAAAGCAGAGAAUUUCUCCAGAAAGGGUCCACACAUUUGCAAAAUACUCUUCAUAUCGUCACUUUUUAAGCAAAAUUUAUGUAUAUUUUAGAAAAUAUUUAAAAACUAAAGCUAUCACAGAAAAAAGGAAGAACUCACGUCAGAUUUGAUGGAACUUUUUUUUUAAUUGUGAAGUUUUGAGAUUGUAAGGAAGUGCUUUUAUGAAAAUAUUACAUUUUUUAUUUGUUUUUUGUAAUAUUGCUAAAUGUAUAUGACUGCCAUUAAAAAGUUUUUAUUCAUUUU